GCAGCUGAGAGGAGCGCAGAGGGGAGGGAGUCUCAGAAAGAGCAGAGACUGAGCAGAAGAAGAGAGAGCGGACUGUAUAAGGAAAACAGUUUCAGCCGCUCUGCAGCUCCUGAUCAGACGCCAUCAAUAACAGAAUGUUAAUGCUUGACGGAAUGCCUGCAGUCAGAGUCAAAGCAGAGCCUUUGGAAUCUGAGAGAGGGUCCCCCAAAGUGCACAGUUACCCUGAUAUGGAUGCAAUGCCCCUUCUCCUCAGCAAAGUAAAGUCAGAACCACGGGAGGACCUUCUCUAUUCUGAACAAUUCCACACUCAGACAGAGCCUGUGGACCUCUCAAUCAACAAAACUCGACCAUCUCGUCCACCCUCAACUUCUUCACCCGUCACUUCAGCCUUCUCUCCAUCCCCCUCGUCUUCAUCAUCCUCGCCUUCGGUCAUUGCUACAAUCUCUUCAGGAAUGCCCUCGGUGUUAACUCCUGGGCCCUUGGUGGGUUCUCCCCCAGGGGUCCGAUGUCAGCCAUAUUUGCACAUUGUUCACCCAGUGCCGCCUUCCAGUCCCAGCAAACUGCCUACCCGGGUGCACCGGAUCCCAGUGGUGGUGCCACUAAUGUACACUACAGCAGUGCGCUCCCCCUCCAGUCAUCUCAACUCUACCAUCAUGGUCCCUCUGCUAGAUGAAGCCAGAAGCCAGGGAAAAGCACAAUCAGACUUGAAUGGCUUGUCACCACGGCAAAUCAGAAGUGACAGCGAUGAUGAUGACCUGCCAAAUGUAACCUUGGAUAGCGUUAAUGAAACAGGAUCCACCGCGCUGUCUAUAGCAAGAGCAGUGCAGGAUUCCAUGUCACCAUUCAGUAUUGAGAGCCUGAGACGGCCACGGCGAUCCGAGUCUCCAGAUUCAAAGAAGAGGCGCAUCCACAGGUGUGAUUUUGAGGGCUGCAAUAAGGUUUACACCAAGAGCUCCCACCUGAAAGCACAUCGGAGGACACACACAGGUGAGAAGCCGUACAAGUGCACCUGGGACGGCUGCACGUGGAAGUUUGCUCGCUCAGAUGAGUUGACGCGGCAUUAUCGGAAACAUACAGGUGUGAAGCCCUUCAAGUGUACGGACUGCGACCGCAGCUUCUCACGCUCGGACCACCUGGCCCUGCAUCGGCGCAGACACAUGCUGGUCUGAGUGACGACCACCUUAUAUACUCUCUCACCCAUUCACACCAUGUGCACAUAUAUGCUGGGGGAGCUGGGUCUUCCCCUUGUGCUUGUUCAGCUGGGCUGGACAAAGUUGUAUUCACUUUGGGCCUAGGGAAAGAAAUAAGGAAAGUUUAAAGGACGCACAGUGGACCUAAAGUGUUGAUAGAGCCUAACAGGGUCUGUCUGAGGAUUGAACAGGAUUGCUCUUCAGGCUUUGGCUGAUGGUGGAGAUGGUCUGAAGCCCAUUUGUCAGGUCGUCUGUACAGUCUUUCCAUCAUUGUUUUGUUUUGUUUUCAUUUGAAACAUUUGCUUCAUUUUGUCCUUGACAAAAAUGUGAAGAAGUGGAGAACUGAACGGAGCAUACACACCUUCAACAUUAAUGAUAAUCUAGACUUGAAAGUGGAGCAGGUCUGGUCAAGUUACCUGCUUUCUCGAAAAAAGAAAUGUUUUGUCUUCUUACAUAAGCACACCUGAUCAGGGUAAGGAUUCAGUUCCUGGCAUUAGAGAAGAGACCCAGAGUCAUUGAUGGUUGGAUAUCAUUCACAACAUGUAUGUAGUACCAUUUUGGGGAUGAUUUCACACUAAAACUGGGUUAUAAAGCACAGGUCUUUGGGGUACACAUAGCUUUAACAAUAAUUAAACAGGCCAUAAACUGUUAAUGUUGCAUUGUUUAUUAAUUCAGCCAGAUGAGCAAGUGCAGUUCUACACAAUUCCAACAAUUCCAAACAGUGAAAUGACAAAGCAUCUAUCCUAAACAAUGUAAAGCUUGGACAAAACCCUGACCACAACUGAUUUUAACUGGAUAACAUAAAGUUCAAUAAUGUGGUCAGAUUUCUGUGUUCCUGAAAUAUGACAAAAGAGCAAUACAUUAACUAACGAGUGACAGGACAAAGACAUGGUCUCAUGCAGCCCCCUACUUCACAGACGGAGGGCUUUCAAAUUGUGAACAGAUCUUGGAUUUCUACCAGUGCCACUUGUUUUUUCUAUCCUACAGAAUUUUGUAUCUUUCAAAUAAAUUCAUAGCUCUACAUUUCGGUUGUUCAGAAAAAAUUCUAUUUUUGCAUUUUACUCCCAGUCUAGCUGCUUGCACCACCCCCGCACUGACCACACUAGUCUAGUCUAGUCCCGUACGGCACACCUUCAGUCGUGUCAUGCUUUUGUUUUGCCUGCCAUGGGCGCAGUCUAAUAGAACCUCAUUGCACUGCAGUCACAUUAUUGCCCAUUUGCAGCAGCAGUGAGAAACUUUGUCAACCCUUAUCCCUCAGACACAGCCUGUUGGGGUGUGCCUGUUAGAUGCCUGGCCACAUUGACAGCACAAUUGAGAUUCAAACUUGAGCCUUUGAGAUCUCAGUGGUGGCGGGCAAGCACUACAGCUCCUCCACCACCUGAGGAGCAAAAGAAGUUAGACUUGACUGUUUUGUUUUGUGCUUUGGCGUAAACCCUCAUGCACCCUACAGAUCAUGUACACUAUCUCCAUGGGACAUUUAAGUAAACUUUUUUUUUAUUUAAAGUACCCUUAAACUAAAUAGCAUUUGUUAGCAUCACAUGUAAACACGAGUAGAGUUUCAGAAUAAAAGUCUUAAACUGUAUUGAUAUAUCAUUACUGAUUUCUGCAAUUAGUCAAUCUUUUAAAUGUACAUUUAUAUUUACAGUAGGCAGUCCCUUUUAUUUAGAGUGACUAACAGAAGGGCUGUGUCUCAAACAACAUACACCUGUACUAAAUAGUAUGUGAUUUAGGAUGCAGCCUUUUGUUUUAAUUAUCCAAAUAGCAGGUCAGCUGACAAGAUUCCCAGCAAAUAAACUGUGGACAGCAAAUCCUAUUUAAUAACUAAGAUGGGGCCUGUAUGAACAUUGAUAAAUUGAGCCCAGUUGGGUGCUGACUAUAUGCAAUGCAGGUCCAUAAGACCCAUUAAUGGUCCUAAUGGUGUUUGGUCAUCUUACAGAUAGACUGGCAAACCAGACCAGUUACUUGUGUAGUUGCUUGUGUAGGGUCAACACUAAAAGACCAAUGAUUAGCCAAUAAACAAUUGUAGGCCCCUCAGUCCUUGAUUUAAGUAUUUGACCUUUAAAAUAUACAAAUUUACAAAUAUACCACAAUAACCCAUUAUUUAAUCUAGCACUCCUACAGCUAGCUGCUAAUAAAAUAGCUUGCAAGAUUCCAGAGACCUUCCUGUACUCUAAAACCCUAAAUAUUGGAUGUAGUUAUAGUAAAGUCAUGAAGCAUAUACAGUAACGUCAUUGUUUAAGCUAAAAGUCAAGCUUCUUAAAUUGUUUAUUACUUAAAAUACAAGACACAUCUCUGAUUUAAAAGGAACAAUUCACAGACCUCCCCAAAUGCUAAUCUACAUUAUUGUUAUCAGCCAUAAAACAUUUACUAUUAAAAAAUCCAGUUUAGGGGUACUUUGAAUGAAGUAAAUAAAGCUUUAUUGGAUUGUGUGCCACACAGCAACAUGGGCUUCGAAAAUCUGGGUUCAAACCUUGCCUACGUUCAUAGUCUGUAGGAGUUUUGCAUGUUGUCUGCAUGGGUACUCUGUUUACUCUGGUUCCCUCUUACCUCCCAAAACAUGCAGAAGGUAAACUGGCUGCUGUUUAUUUCCCCUAGUUGUAAAUAAGUGGUGCUUUUGAUGGAUUGGUGUACAAUCCUGGUUGUAUCCCUGUCCUAAUACAGUGCUUCUGGGUGUCGCUGGAACAUGACCAUGAGGAGCAGUUCAAUAUUUGGGUUACUUGUAUGAAUACAAAGACUCCACUAGAUGGAGUAAAUAGACUAAGUUAGAAAUAAUAAAAGUCAGUAAAGACAUUAAAGACAAUUUAUGACUUUUUUUUAAGGUUUUAUACAUAUACAAUAUACACAUUGUUUCAUUGGUCUGCUUGUGAGUAUUCAGAGACAUAAACAGGAAGUAGAUUAGCAUUUAUAACGAACUGCUAGUGGGUGUCUCGUCUUUGAUUGCCUUAGAUAAAUAUUAGAGGACGAGAAUAUCAAGAAUAUCACAGUUUUGCUUAAUAAUCCCAAACAGAGCCUUUUUAUAUACAGUGUUACAGUCUCUAUUGUACAUCAGAACUGUUGUCAGAUUAUAGAUGCUAAAGAGUAGCUUCUGAUUACAGUUUUAUUUAAGUUACUCUGAAGCUCUCUGCUGCUCUCAAUGAUGCACUUUCAAAUGGCCAGUACAAGCCUCAGUGAUACAACAUACAUACACACAGAUAGUUGAAUUUAACAGCUUACAUACACUUAUAAAAGACACAUAUGUCAUGGCAGUCUAAGGAAUUCAAUGAUUUCCUUAACUGUUCUUCUUUUGUUCUAUUGUGGGUCUAGAAAAUAUGAGAAAAUCUACAGUUAAAAAUAUAUCAGAAGUUGUAGGAACACAUGUGAUACUGUCUACAGUCAAGUCAGCUUCAUAGCAAUGAAAUCAGAAGCUGCUAGUUUGGUUUUAAUCAGCAACAAACUUCAGUCGAACUUUAAGGUGGUAAUUUUAGAACAGAUUCCUUCUUUCUCACACAGCAGCCACUGUAACCAUGGGGAUGUAAAGCUUGCUUGACUGUGUGCAGUGUCAGAUAUCUUCCAACACCUUUUUUAACAGCCUUCCUAAUUUGAUCUUAGCAUAAGUUUAUUGGGUAACAAUUUAGAUUGUGUUUCAGACCUUGGCAAAGUGUUCAGUUUACUUUGUACAACUGUUUGGGACUUAAAGUUGCCUAGGAAUUGCCAGCUAUUUUUAUUUGUAGCUCAGGCAUAUGGGUGUGGUCCAUCUAGCCCUUUGCUAGACAGUAAACAGAUUUUGUACCCAACAGAUUUUGUCGUAUUUUCAGAAGAUCCUCAAUGUACAAAUGACGUAUACUUAACAUAUAUGGAUUAAAAAAAAAAAAAAAAGAACAGAGAUUAUUAAAAUUCCAUGACAACUAUGAUAUUUUAAGGGGAUGCAAAAUUGACUUAAGCUGUACACACAUUCAGACAGACAUUUUUCUCAUAACACACUGCUGUUCGAAUUCCCACAUCGGCAUCAUCUUUACAAUAAUAAUAACAGGUCAUAAUAAACAGAAAUGCAGUUAAAUGCAGUUUUGUGAAAUGAUGUAAAAGAAAUGUGUUCUUUAGAAAAGUAACAUGACCAUCAAGUCCAAACUUUUCUAUUUUCUGUUUUAAAGUAUUACGUUAAAGUACUAUUUCUUUUUGUUUGUGUGUAUCUAUUUGUCUAUCCUGUGGUAUAUGAGCUCAAAAGCAUAUCAUCUGCACCUUGUCUUUAUGAAAUACUUUACUUAUACAUAACAUUAAUCACCAGUGUAUUAUUCAUACUGUAUUUUUGAGAAAUCUCUGCAGUGUGGUGCACUUCAUCUGCAUAUUGCUAUUUUAUGUAGAAAAAUAUUUUAAAAUGUUGUAAUAUAUGUGAAAGUAAAAGUUAUUACUCAAGUUUUACAGGCUGUAAAUACAUAUCGAGUAUAGGGCUUUGUACUGGUUGUUUUGAUACGAGGAAUUAACUUUAUACAAAUUCAGACGUUUCAUUAACCUACUGGUACACAGUGUGCAACAAGGCUGUGUAUGCCAAAAAAUAAUAAUUUUGUCAUUUUGAAUGCUUAUGUCCUUUAUAAUUAAUGUAAUUAAAUGAUCUAAUGAAAUGUACUGCACACACAGUGUUUAGAAGCAGCUGCCUCAGCCAAGGCCAUGCUUAUGCAUUGAUUUGCAGUCGUCUCAUACAUGUGGGGCUGUCACAGUUAUCAAAUUACCAUGAAAGUGUUGUUUAUUAUAAAUUAUUCUGUAAUGAUUGCAUAGGUGCUGACAUGACCUGGUUAUUGAUUUGAUCAGCAUUUUUUGACCAUUAAAACAAUUACACAGUGUAGACAACACACAGAGAGGGCAUACAAUAAUAUAAAAUACUACCUUAAUGAAUGUCAAGCUAUUUUACAAGGAUGUAUGGUAAACAUUUGCAUAUACAUCUGAUAAACAGAUGUAUGUAGUGUCUAUGCUCUACAGUGAACAAUCUGCCAGUAUGUAAUGACUACCGUGAUAGCAAACAAUUAAAACCAAGACAGCCCUACUGACAAUAAAAAAAGAAAUAAAAGAGCAACCCAGUCAGAUGAAUGUUCCUUUUUAAACGGUAUUUAAAAGCCAACGGUAUUACUUAUUUCUUUUAUUCUUACUUUCUUUCUUUGUUUUUCUUUCUUUCUUAUAUUAAACUGUAUUUGGCAUUAUUUCAACUUUCUCUGUUCUGUACUUGGAUCUUUCCUUACCAGAAAAAAGCUUACUUGGUGUUAUACAGAUUUGACCCCCAUCUACUCUGUUGACACAUUUUAUGGUGUCUGACACAACACUAAUAGUCAUAAAGUAUGGUACCAUCAUGCCUGUGAUUUUUCACAUUCCUUGCUUGACUCAGCUGUGUUAGUUUGGAUAUCAGUAUCAGAUGAGUAGAUUUUUGGACAUUUUAUAUGAUUAUCAUAUCAACAAAGACAAAGAAACGAUUUACGCUUACGAAAGCUUUUAAUAAUCAGAGUAUCUGAGAACUUUUGAAAAGUUUGGUUCAGCUUUGGUUCGUAAUAAAACUGAUGCUCUUUUUAACUGCACUGUAAUAAAUGAAGGGAGCAUUCAACCAGUGUUUUUUUUAAAAGAAGUAUUACUACCUGCUUUGGCAUUCUUACAUUUUUUGUCGCAUAAUUUUGUAACGGUGAACAGGGUCAAAGUUAUGCAAUAAUAACAAUGAGUGCCUAAUUUACUAUAUAGUACAAUGCAGAAGUGCAUACUGAAAGGUAACCACAAUGCCAUAACCAUAGAGAAACAUCCAAAACCAAUAAACCUGAACACAAAAUAAAAUAAGAAUCCUGUUAGUAAUGCACUGAGCCUUAUGGGUUGUAUGAAGACAACAUGUUUAAUCUAAGCUGUGACGAGCCACUUGUUGGUUUGCAAUGCUGUACGUCUUCUGUGGAAGAUUUGAACAGCUAUACUUUCACAGUGUCCACAGUAUCAACCUGCGUAUUUACAGCCUAACAGACGACAUUGCUUUGAUAUUUCCUCUGUAAGUGUUUGAUUCUGAUUUGUAUUCAACCUGUUCUGUACAGUAUCGCCUCUGUUUCAAUAUCUUUUCUCUACAAUCUAAAUAUUUACUUCAAUGCCUUUGGUUCUGUGAGUAUGGUUCUUGUAAUUUAUGUAAAGUGUAUUUGUAUUGUAAAUAUAUAUUUCAGAGCUUUUCAUUUUACUGCAGAUUUGUGACAUUUUGCCCUGCUAUGCUUCAAAGGAAAUUCCCUCACACUGAAUCCUACCAGAGGGUAUUUUCAUUUCAAACGUUCAAAAGUGUUUCUUCUUUAUUUUCAUUCUCUGGAUGAUGAUUAAAUAUUCUGUGUUUUUUUCUCUGUAGUUUCAUUUCUUUCCUAAAGAGAGCUGUGAAUUAAAAUAGAAUUUUAACAUGGUAUUUGUAUGAUAAUCUAUUUGGAGGCAUGGAAGUUAAUAAAGUUGCAUUUUUUAUGGAA